AGCCACACACCCUCCCCCUUCCUCAAGCUCUUUUUUCAGUACCCUCCUCAGAUGAUGAUCCUUUUUUUCCUCAAGACUUCCCACACUUACUCAGAGGGGGCUGUCGGAGGAAUUCGGCUGGAGGAACAGUUCGUGAAUGAAGAUGCGCAGCUUGAAGGUUACGCUCUGGCUCACCUUGUUCGCUUUCUGCUGGACUUUAUCAUCCCUUGACACUGUGCAAGCAGGCAGUAACAUCAGGCCAGGGAAGACCACCAAAGGUCUCAGAAGACAAUCUGUAAUUGCUGAUCAGCAGAAAAAAGAAUUACAGUCAGAAGGCACUCAACUGGACGAGCCCAGUGCAAUUGUGGAGGGUGAAAAUGACAAAGAGAGCAGUAAAAAGUCACCAGAAGUCAUCUUAGCAGAAAAGGCAAAGAAAGCAGCAGAGAAGGAGGCCAAAGCAAAGAAACCAAAGGCGCCCAAGCCGACCAAGGCUCCCAAGCCUGCGAAACCAACAAAGAAGCCAAAACCAACCAAAAAACCAAAGGCACCAAAGCCAACCAAAAAGCCCAAACCACCAAAACCAACCAAGAAACCCAAACCUCCAAAACCUACCAAAAAGCCCAAGGUAGCGAAGCCCACCCCAAAGUACGAAGAAAAUGAGAAAGCCAGCUCUCCAUCUAACAAACCGACCAUGGAUGAGGAAAUUCACAAAGAACUUGAAUUGGACAAAUAUCCUCCCACUAAGAACGAAGAUCCAAAGACUUCUAUUCCCGAAAUCUUAAAGGAGCAUGACCCCAGUUACUGGGAUGCCAAAUAUGAAGUUACAGAGCCUGAUCUCUUGCCUAAAGUCAAGGAGGCCGACCCUAUCACUGAGGAUCCCAGCAUAUAUUUACCCAUUCCAGAAGAGACCACAUCCACACCAAUUAUACCACCAGCCUGGUAUGAAGAAUACGAUUAUUCCGACUUGGCAGCAAAGAAGCUGGAGGAGGAGAUGGAGAAAAAGCGGAAAGAGAAGGAGGAAAAGGCUGAGAUACUCAGGAAAAUGUGGGAGGAGGAAGAGGAAGAGAGAAGAAAGCAAACUCCUGUUUAUGUCAAACCAAAAAAUUGUCCUCCAAUGGGCAUGGAGUCACAUCGCGUGGAAGACGACCAAAUCUUGUCCUCUUCGACAUCCCAUCACGGGUUUGCGGCCCAGAGAGGUCGUUUGAAUAUGCAGGCUUCGAAUGAUGAGGAGGAUGUAUACGGAGGGGCCUGGUGUGCUGACACAGAGGAGAAGGAACACUGGUUUCAGCUGGACGCCCGGCGAGAUGUGGAGUACACCGGGGUCAUCACUCAGGGCAGGGACUCGGAAACAAAUGACGACUUUGUUUCAGCGUAUUUUGUGGCCUUCAGUAAUGACACACGUGAAUGGACGGUGCUUCACGAUGGCUAUGCUGAAUGGCUUUUUUACGGCAACGUCGACAAAGACACUCCCGUGAAGAACGAGUUUUUCCGUCCUGUAGUCGCUCGAUAUAUCCGAAUCUUACCCCAGAGCUGGAACGGCAGUCUGUGCAUGAGACUGGAGGUGCUAGCCUGCCCCCUGCCUAAUAGUUUCCCGACAGAGAAUGAUGUCACACCCACCGAUGACUUGGAUUACAGGCAUCACAACUACAAGGAGAUGAGGCAGAUGAUGAAAGUGAUAAAUGAAGAGUGUCCCAACAUCACCAGAAUCUACAACAUUGGCAAGAGCUCUCAAGGGCUGAAGAUGUACGCGAUGGAGAUCUCGGACAACCCGGGAGAGCAUGAGACAGGCGAGCCAGAAUUCCGCUACACCGCUGGUCUUCAUGGGAAUGAAGUUCUAGGCAGAGAGCUACUAUUACUGCUCAUGCAGUUCCUUUGCAAGGAGUACAACGACGACAACCCUCGAGUGCGACGCUUGGUGGAAGGAAUGCGCAUUCAUUUAGUGCCUUCUCUCAAUCCAGACGCGUACGAGCUGGCUUAUGAAAUGGGCUCGGAAAUGGGAAACUGGGCCCUAGGACACUGGACUCAGGAAGGUUACGACAUUUUCCAGAACUUUCCUGACCUUAAUAGCAUCCUUUGGGGUGCAGAAGACAGGGGCUGGGUUCCCCGAAUUGUGCCCAACCACCAUAUCCCCAUUCCCGAGAACUUCUUGAAUGGAUCAGUGGCUGCUGAGACAAAGGCCAUCAUCUCCUGGAUGCAACGAACGCCCUUCGUUCUGGGAGCAAACCUGCAGGGAGGUGAGAAUAUUGUCACGUACCCGUUUGACAUGCAGAGGCCACCACAGGCCAGAGUCCCAGCUGGGCGUCCAAGCUACAACAUGAAUGAAGAGACGUGGGCGAGGAUACAGAGGCAAAAUGAAAAUGCGCUACGUGAGACGCCUGACGAGAACAUGUUCCGCUGGCUGGCCAUGACCUACGCUCACAGCCACCUCACUAUGACGGAGACGCAGCACGGCUUGUGUCACACUGAUGACAUCACAGGCGGCCAGGGCAUCAUUAAUCAUGCUAGCUGGAAACCUGUUGUAGGAAGCAUGAAUGAUUUCAGUUACCUUCACACAAACUGCUUUGAGAUAUCCAUCUUUCUGGGUUGUGACAAAUUUCCGCACGAAAGCGAGCUGCCUUUGGAGUGGGAGAACAACCGGGAAGCCCUGCUUGCUUUCAUGGAGCAGGUGAAUCGUGGCAUCAAAGGUGUGGUAAAGGACACUGCUGGGAAUGUAAUCUCAAAUGCUACAAUAUCAGUGGAGGGCAUCAGGCAUGACAUCAAAACAGCUUCAACAGGUGAUUACUGGCGUCUUUUACACCCAGGUGAGUAUCGUGUGACUGCAAGAGCUGACGGUUAUUCACCUCAGACGCGCUUGUGCAUGGUAGGCUACGGGGCAGGCGCAUCACGAUGCAGCUUCACAUUAUCCAAGUCUAACUGGGCAAGAAUUAUAGAGAUCAUGGAGCAGAAUAGGAGUAAACCAGUUCGGGUGGGUACCCGGACCCAAACUGGAAGCAAAAGCAGUACCGGUACAAAUAAAAAUAACCUGCUUGUUGGGGAAAGACGAGAACGACUGCGCCGUCUGCGCAUUCUGCGGAUGCAGAGGCUAAGAGGCAAAAUGACUACCACUGUAGUGCCAACAACUACCACCACCACUACAACCACCACCACCACCACCGCCACCACCACCACCACCACUCCACAUCCCACCACCCACACAGAGCUGAGCACAGAAACCACUGACUCGUGGUUCGACUCGUGGUUUGUGAAAAACAACAACAACGUGCCAGACCCCAUCGAGUCUGAGCUCCCCGAGACCGAACCAACACGAGACUACUUUGAGUACAGAAUAGAUGAUUAUUGAGCAGUUUUACAAACCUUAAUUCUCUACUAAUAUGGACGUUCACUCUGUGGAACAGAGUGGCUAAAGAUUUUUGGAUAUUCUCCUAAUGAGAUUUAACAAAACCUAUAUAAAUCAUAAAAGGCCACCUUGCGUUCAACUUACAAAAGUGCACUCUUUUUUUUUUUUUUUUUUUUUUUGUAAUGUCACGUUUUUAUAAUAAAAAUGCCUGGAUUCUA